AGCUGCUGCUGCUGCUGCUGCGCCUGAGAUCCGACAAGUGAGAGAUGCCCAACCAGUCAGCGCACUCCAACGGCAUGCAGAGCCUCCGGAAGGAGCACCUGUACAAGGUGCUGGUUAUCGGAGACCUCGGGGUCGGGAAGACGUCCAUCAUCCGGCGCUACGUCCACCAGACCUACUCCACCAACUACCGGGCCACCAUCGGCGUGGACUUCGCCCUGAAGGUGUUGAACUGGGACUCUGCGACUGUCCGGCUCCAACUGUGGGACAUUGCAGGUCAGGAACGUUUUGGAAACAUGACGCGAGUGUACUACCGUGAAGCCAUGGGCGCUUUCAUCGUGUUCGAUGUAGCCCGGUCCACAUCCUUUGAGGCCGUCAUCAAGUGGAAAGAGGACCUGGACUCCAAACUCAUGCUGACUAAUGGACAGAGCAUUGCCACUGUGCUCCUGGCUAACAAGUGUGACCAGGGCAGGGAGUUGACCAACAACGGCAUCGAAAUGGACCAGUUCUGCAAGGACCAUGGCUUCAUCGGGUGGUUUGAGACCUCGGCUAAGGAUAAUCUCAAUAUCGGUGAAGCUGCGAACCUCCUGGUUAAGCACAUCAUGGCCACAGAGAAUGACAUCCUGAAAAGCGUGCUACCGGACACCAUCUCCCCUCAGCUCGACUCCAACAGGCAGAUGAGCUGCUCUGGCUGCUUUAAAUAAGGAAAGGACACCAAACACGAUGGAAAGACAAUCAGUACAAAGAGGGGCGGGCAUACCACGGACAUCUCAGUACAACACAGUACAGAUCUGAUCCAAACCAGGGUGAAAGAUCUCAUUUCGGUUUUUUUUGUGUGUGGUUUGUUUGGGUUCUCGGUGCCCAAUUACGAGAGAAACCGAGUUUGUAAACGGACUAAGAAGUAAGGAGCCAAACUUUUAGUGACUCUUCAUACUGUGAGUUCCAACUCGAUGCAACUCGCCCACAAAGAGUGCAGUAAUUAGAGUGCAAACAGGAGUUGUGUUGUUGGUUCUUCACCACUGUGAUGUUGUUCUGCCUCUAUUUACCUUCACCGCCACCGUAAACAGGUUGUCAUACAGGCUUCCUUCACUGUUUAUUCAUGCAAGAGUCAAAGAAAGCAAUAUUGAAUAUGUGAAUUGUGCACAUGUUUUUUAUCAUUAUUAUUAUGAGUUGAAGUUAAUUACAUGCUUUUUUGUGCGUAAUGCUGGUUAAUGCAUUUUGUUAUUCUUCGUAACAUUUGUCCAAUACCUGACGACGAAGUCGCAACACAUUCUUAUUUAUAGCAAAAACUUGGUUGGGGGGCCCAAAACAAAAGGAUGACAAUUAGAUACACAAAUAGCCCAGAGAUUGCCUCGUGCUAUUAGUAUUUUCCUAUUUCCCCUGGAGUAGUUCAGGUUAAAGUGAUUGAUCAACGUUUUUUUAAAUUUUUUAGACGUGAUUGUUCGUUAACGGAAGAGAGCGGUUGCCUUUCUGCACAGCGUUUGCUUCCAUCAGCGCUCGAUCUGGCUGCAACAUUUAAGUGAUUCAUUUGUGCAUCUGGGUUUUUUUUUUUUAAGAGGAAAAUUUGUGUUGAUUGUCUGGAUUAAAACUGGACUUUCUCAUGAGUUCACUUGCCAAAG